UUUUCUUGUUUUUAUUUGUGGAAAAAAUAUGUUAUCUCCAGCAUCCAACAUCUCUUCCACGAUCCAACUUUCUAAUGGUUUGGAAAUGCCAAUAUUUGGACUGGGCACAUCUCAUCAAGGAGGAUACUCCCAUGAUGCUGUUGUGUAUGCUCUCACACAGUGUGGCGUGUGCCACAUUGACACAGCAGAGCGCUAUGGCUGUGAAGAACAACUGGGCAAAGCUAUCAGAGAGAGUAUGGUGCCACGGGAAGAUCUGUGGAUCACUAAUAAGUUAUGGCCAAGUCAUUAUGGCUUCAACUCAGCAAAAGAAGCCUGCCUCAAAUCAUGCAAAAGGAUGGGUCUCGAGUAUUUUGAUUUAUAUCUGAUGCACUGGCCAGGGGCAUUUGAAAGUUGUGACUCUAACAGGGAGGCAAGAGCGGAGACAUGGCGGGCAUUACAAGAACUUUACAAAGAAGGAAUUUGCAAAUCUAUUGGAGUGAGCAACUUCAUGGUCUGUCACUUGGAACAACUAAAAGAGGACUCUAGUGUGGUUCCGCAUGUUAACCAGGUGGAGUAUCAUCCAUACCAGCAGCCCACCACAGUCCUGGAGUAUUGUAACCAGGAGAAGAUUGUGUUUGAGGGAUACUGUCCUCUUGCCAAGGGCCAGCUCCUCAAUGACCAAACCGUGCUUCAAAUAGCAGAAAAACACAGACGCACACCUGCCCAGAUCUGCAUUCGGUGGAGCUUACAGAAAGGAGUUGUUACAAUACCAAAAUCAACCAAAACAGAAAGAAUACGAGAAAACUGUCAGGUGUUUGACUUUAACCUGGAUAAAACAGACAUGAACACAUUAGGCAAAAUGCAUGACGGAAGACAUGUGACAUGGGAUCCAUCAAACAUACUGUGACAAAAAUGUUUUUAUGUGAUCAGUAUUCAAUUCUGCCUUAAAAUCCUAAACAAAUAAAUGCAUGUC